AUGGAGAGAGAAGUUGAAGGAGUGAAGGAGAGGAAAGAAUCUGGCAGAGUGGCAUGGGAAAAAUUCAAACCUGAUAGGACAGUCCAGAACUUCAUAGAGCAAAUGAUUGAUGACAUGCCGGUAAUUCAGACUGCCAGCAGGGAGCAGUACGUUCUCAAGCUGUGUCACUCAGAAGAGUUUCUACAGAAUGCUCAGACUUUGGACAGCCAUGAAACAAUUCAGAUGCACCAGAAGUUAAGCACUGAGAUCCAGUUAAUGUUAAUGCCGCUUGGUUCUUAUAAAAGGCACUUAGCUCGCACUGAGGAAGAUGACAGGUGCCUGUUUCAUCUAAACCAGCUGUUGGGGCGAGCGUAUGUAUUGAAUACAUCAAGACAAAGCCUUGAAGCAAGCUUUAAAAAAUAUAGAGAUGAAGUGGACCAGUUGGUGAAAAGCAAGUUUGGCAGCAAUGUGAAGAGUAUAAUUAAAGAAGCUCAGACAAUUUGUACAUUGCUCUCAUUCGUGGAGACAAACGAAAUAACAAACGCCAUUGAACAGCUCCAAACAAUUCAACCAGGACAACUGAGUCCCAAGGAGAUUUCCGACAGUCAAGUGGCUGUGGUAGCACUCUCCCAGGCUCUCUGCAGACUCACCCAAAUCUACUUCAGAAGCUUUAAUUCAGACUUCCAGAUAGGGGAGGCCCUGUCUAGUCCUCCAUCGAAAGCAAAACACAAUCCAGACCCGCUCAGAUUCACUGUCCAAGCAGCCUACCGGCUUCCACUGCAGUGGACUGACAGCUAUGAGUAUUUUUCUGUGUCCUGUUCCUUGACGUAUGCAGGAAAGGAAUUAUGUAAAACAAAAAAGACUGAGAACUUUUCAAUCGCAAAAUCAUUUUUCCACAGUGUAAAAUGGAACAAGAAGAUCCCAUUCCCUGUGGAGAUCCGCAGCCUGCCCUGUGAAGUCAUGUUGAUACUGAGGCUGUUCGGCUCCAAGCAGGGCAAAACGUCAGAGCCCCUAGCAUGGGCAGCCCUGCCUUUGUACACCAAGCAGACACUGGUGCAUGACACCAUGCUGAUCAGUAUGGUUCAGUCUAGUGAUCUGCCUCAAGUUGUGUUUCCGGGAGCAGCUGAUAGCCAGACCCAACCUGCAGAGGUGAUCCUUCAGCUUGACUUCCCGGGGGCCUCGAAGCAGGUUUUUGAGAGACCUGCUCCUGCUCCUUCUCCAAUAGAUCCCUACAUGACUGUUCCCGGAGAGGCGCUUGUUAAAAAGAUCUGUCAGGUGUCUGAAAAACAGUGCAUCACCCUCCUCUCGGAAAACGAAAAGCACUUUCUGUGGAGCAGCAAAUUUUUUUGUCACAGCGGCAUUACAUACCUGCCUCUGGUGCUGGGCAGCGCGCCGGACUGGAGCCCCGAUACCUUACCGGACAUAUACAGGGUUCUGGAGAGCUGGACCUUCAAGAGCCCACUGGAGGCACUGGCACUUCUUACAUCAAGUUUUCCAGAUCAGAAGGUUCGUGAAACUGCUGUGCGGCAGAUUGAAACCCUCUCUGAUGAGGCGAUGGAAGAGUGUCUCCCGCAGCUGGUCCAGGCUUUAAAGUUUGAGUGGGAUCUGGAAAGCCCCCUGGUGAAGCUCCUUCUUGAGAGACUGUUGAAAGAUAUCCGGGUUGCUCACCAGCUAUACUGGCUGCUGGAGGAUGCGCUGGACGACCUGCAUUACAGGAGCUGGUAUCAGAAAAUCUUCGCUGGCCUCCGCUUCUGUACUGGGAGUGCACUCAGACUGGAGCUCCAACGCCAGAGGAAGCUGGUCAACGUCUUGGCAGAGGUGGCAGAGAAAGUCAGAACAGGGGAUAAGCAAAAGAGAACGGAUAUCCUGAACAAUGAAAAAGUCCUACUUGCCCAGUACUUUCAGGCAGAGAAACUGUGCUCCCUUCCACUGAACCCUGCUGUCCUGCUCCAGGGAGUGGACUGUGGUGAAUGUUCAUAUUUCACUUCUAAUGCUACCCCUCUCAAGGUCUCUUUUAUCAAUGCUAAUCCUCUGGGCAAAAAUGUCAAUGUGAUUUGCAAGACGGGAGAUGACCUGAGACGGGACACAUUGGUGUUGCAGUUUGUCAGAGUGAUGAACAGAAUCUGGCUGCAGGAGGGACUGGACAUGUGCAUGGUUAUCUACAGGUGUAUGUCAACGGGAAAAAGGACAGGCUUAGUUGAAGUGAUUCCAGAUUCCAUAACACUAGCCACAAUCCAACAAGAAUGUGGAAUUAGUGGACCAUUGAAGGAAGGUACACUGAAGAAGUGGUUUCACCUGUGCAACAAAACAGCAGAGGAUUACGAAAAGGCUCUGGAGAACUUCCUGUACUCGUGCGCUGGGUGGUGUGUCGUCACCUUUGUCUUGGGCGUCUGUGAUCGGCACAACGACAACAUCAUGCUGAAACCUACCGGCCACCUUUUUCACAUCGACUUCGCCAAAUUCCUGGGGCACGCUCAGAGGUUUGCAAAUAUAAAAAGGGACCGUGCUCCUUUCAUUUUCACCUCGGAGAUGCACUACUUUCUCACGGAAGGAGGCCGGAAUCCUCAGCGUUUCCAGCGCUUCGUUGAGCUCUGCUGUCAGGCCUACAACAUCAUCAGGAGACACACCCAGUUCUUGAUGAGCCUGCUGGAGCUGAUGCUGACGGCUGGCAUGCCAGAGCUGAAAGAUAGUCAAGAUCUCCAGUAUGUGUGCAAUAACCUCAGACCCCACGAGUCUGACCUGGAAGCAACAAGCUUCUUUACAAGUAAAAUAAAAGAGAGUUUGGAGAGUGUUCCUGUGAAACUGAACUUCUUCAUUCACAGUAUUGCACAAGGAGCAUCCAUAGGGAGGGAAUCCAGAGUUGUUCAGCCAGCUGUGAAUCAAACUAACAGAGCAAUUCGAGAAGCAUCCAUUCUGGGCUAUAGUGUAAAGGGCACAGACAUUCUUUAUUCAAUGCAAGUAAAAAUAGAGAAUGGAGUUCUCAUGGCCGAGAAGACGUUCAGUCAGUUUGGUCAGCUCCAUAAGAACCUGCAGAAGCACUUUGUGGAAUCUGCUCUUCCACAAUUUCCCUCCUGGUAUCGGUUAUCAUUCAUGCCCAGCAGACGAAUGAAAUUGCUGAAUGAUUAUCUGAAGGAGCUGUUCACUGGGCCGUGCAGAGGUAGUGAACUCGUCUGCAGCCUUUUCCUGGAUGGUCCUGAGCAAGCCAGCUUACUAAAACCUACCCCACGAGGCCAUGGGAUGUUCACAUCACACAUACAGCUGUGUAUAUCACAUGAAGAGAACAAGCUUGCUAUACUAGUGAAGCACAUUGAAAAUAUUAAAUGCCCAGACGGUUCUGCUCCGGAUGCCUAUGUUAAAACUUGCCUCUUACCAGACCCUGGCUAUGACACCAAGAAGAAGACAGGAGUGGUUAAACACAACUUCAACCCAACGUUCAACAAGCUUAUUGAAUACAGGGGCAUUUCUUAUCUGCAGGGUCGUGUUUUGAGCGUCACAGUGAAAAGCAGUCAGACAUCAAUCGCAGCCACAAACAUAUCUUUGGGUAAAGUGACUCUCAAUCAAGAUGUGUGGUAUCCACUGGGGGAAUGUUCAGUUUGACCAGCACUCCACAAGCACUAGCAGUUGCAGUGUUACCUGAUCUAGGUAGAUAGACUGGGUAAUAGCUUGUCCAGGAUCCUGAGAAUGAAAACUCCAGCCCCAUUGACAUGCUGUAACAAUGGGUUAUUUAAUACUAAAUCAUUUAUAACUGAAUAAAACAAAGCAUAGCUCAUAAAAUCACACUUCAUUUCUAGAUAAAUUGUACACUUAGUCAAAGUAGAGGUUGUCAAGAACUGUUAUAAUAUCUAUCUAUCUAUCU